GGGUUUAUGAACUUAAAUUCAUGUUAAUGUUACGACAAAUUGUUACAACUAAUACUUUGUUCGAAAUUUUUAUUGUCUGAUUAAACAGUGAUAUAAUUGUACUGAUAAUUAUUUUAAUUAUCAAAAUAAUCUAAUUUUUUAAGACAAUGAUACUAUAAUUAUCUAUUAAUUUUGGAAAAAUAAUAAAAUUUUUAAAUAUGCGUACAUCUAUAUUAGAUAUAUUUGAAAAUAAUGAUGAUUUUAUUAAAAUAUCUGCCCCAAUGGUUCGAUAUAGUAAAUUACAAUUUCGAACAUUAGUUCGAAAUUAUGGUUGUGAUAUUAGUUAUACGCCAAUGAUAAUGGCUGAUUCAUUUUGUAAAAGUGAACAAGCACGCUUAAAUGAAUUUACGACUAAUAUGUAUGAUACACCACUGGUUGUACAAUUUGGUGUCAAUACAGUUCAUGAUUUUGUUGGAGCAACACAUAUGGUUGCGCCAUAUAGUGAUGGCGUUGAAAUAAAUUGCGGUUGCCCACAACGUUGGGCUAUUACAGAUGGUUAUGGUUGCGCAUUAUUAUCAAAACCCGACUUAAUAUCAGAUUUAAUACGUCAAUGUCGAGCACAUGUACAAAAUAAUUUUACAGUAUCAGCAAAAAUUCGAUUAUUAACUGACGAAAAUAAAACAAUUGAACUGUGUCGUCAACUAGAAAAGGCUGGAGUAUCAUAUGUUACAAUACACGGGCGAACUCAACAACAACGAUCAUCGCAACCUAUUAAUAUCGAAAGUAUAAGAAAUGUAAAACAAUCAUUAAAAAUUCCGGUUGUAGCAAAUGGCGAUGUGAAAACGUAUCAAGAUGCUGUAAAUUUACAUUUGUCUACCGGUUGUGAAGGUAUUAUGGUGGCACGUGGCAUAUUAACAAAUCCAACAUUAUUCAUGGAAAUAAAUACCGAACAUACUUCUAUUGAUUGUGUACAAAAAUGGCUGAACAUUUGUUUCAAUACAAUUUUAAGUGAAUACAAUAAAGACUCUGAUAUAGAUUUAAGUUUUAUUAAAAAUAUAUGCUCAAAUAAAAAAUUCCCGAACUUAACAUAUCAAUGUUUUCAUCAUCAUUUAGUAUUUAUGUUAGAAAAAGUGUUACCGAAAUGUGAACGAAAAGUUUUUAAUAGUUUAAAUAAUUUUUAUGAUGUAUUUGAGUUUUUGUAUAAGAAAUAUAAUAUUCUGCCAGAACAAUAUGAUUAUGACCACACGGAAAUAAUCAAUGACGUUCAUAACGACAUCAAAGGGGGAACAACUCCAUAA